AUGGAAUCCGGCCUCCCGAUCCCCAGCCUCAACUUUCAAGACCUGACAUCAGGGCUCGCUACCCAAGAGGGCCAGCGCCAGUUUUUUCGGGCUAUAGCUUGGAUAGCGGGUAUCUAUGUGUUCAGUAGGCUGAUGUUGAUGGGUCGGCGGGCCAAGAAUCUUCCUCCGGGCCCAUCGACUCUACCAAUUCUCGGCAACAUUCACCAGAUUCCCAUCACGGGACUACAUGCCAAGUUCCUGCAAUGGGGCGAGCAAUACGGCGGCAUCUUCUCUCUGAAGAUAGCUUCGAGUACUAUGAUUGUCCUGUUCGAUCGCAAGGCAGUUCAUGAUCUUGUCGAUAAGAAAGGAGUCAUUUACUCAGAGCGUCCACCGAACCACGUCGCCGAUAUUGUCACCCAUGGCGAUAGCUUCGCUUUUAUGAACAAUACUCCAUUAUAUCGCGAACAGAGAAAGGUUGCUUCGCAUAAUCUCUCGCCUCGUAUCCUGGAUGAGAAAGUUGGUGGCAUUCAAGAUGCAGAAAUCACAAUUCUUCUUCGCGAUCUUCUCGCCACUCCAGCAGACUUCUACCAUCAUGUUAUGCGCACUACCUGUUCGGUUGCCUGCAUAAUGGUCUGGGGGCAGCGAGGUGCUACCUAUGACUCCUUCUUUGGCCGUUGUGUCUACGACGCAAUGGAAUCAUACAGUGAAGCUCUUGAACCCGGUGCCAACCCGCCAGUCGACGACUUUCCAUUCCUCAAGUAUCUGCCUGACUUCAUGAGCCCUUGGAGAAUCCGUGCUCAGCGAUCAUAUCAUGCGAUGGAUCAGACAUGGAAGAAGGCCAGAGAGAUAUCUGAUGCCAGAAGAGAUCGCGUUGGAUCUCGCAACUGCAUCGCUGAUAAGAUGCUUGAGGAUGCCAAGCUGACCGACAAGAUGUCAGACCAACAAAUUAACCACUUCCUUGGGGUUUUGGUUGAAGGAGGGGCCGAUACUACAUCAUCCUCUAUCCUGACCAUGAUCCAUUGCUUGUCAAGAUACCCUGAGCAUCAACGUCGAGCUCAGAAAGAGCUUGACGCUGUUUGUGGAACCAGCAGAAUGCCUAAAUGGGCGGACUUCAAGGAGUUACCUUACAUUAACUGUAUCGUCAAGGAAGGUUUAAGAUGGCACCCAGUCCUACCUCUUGGAGUUCCUCAUCGCGUAGCCAAAGAUGACUGGUACAACGGAAUGCUCAUCCCGAAAGACGCCACUGUUAUCAUUCCCUCAUACGCCAUCCAUCGAUCAGAGCAAAUGAAGUACAAAAACCCUGACACGUUCGACCCAAGUCGCUACGUCAACCACCCACGCCUAGCAAGUGACUAUGCAGGAAGUCCCGACUUCAACAACAGAGACCACUAUGGCUAUGGCGCAGGCCGUCGCAUCUGUCCUGGCAUGCACCUUGCAGAGCGAACACAGUGGAGAGCCAUUGCCAAGAUUCUUUGGGCGUUUGAUAUCGACCUUGCCGUCGAUCCAGUAACAGGCCAGAAGACUGUGCCUGAUCCGGAGGCUUUCAAGGAAGGAAUUGCGCAUGGGCCCAAGCCGUUCAAGGUUGUGUUCAAGCCGCGCAGUCAAGCACACAUCGACACUAUCCUCCGAGAAGCAGAGCAGAGCCUUGUUGAGGUGGGUAAAUGGGACUGA